AUGACUUCACGGAUUGUGGCAUCUGGUGUUGCCCACAGCACACCAACAUCAUCUUCCAACCAUCGUCAUCUUUUCAUCCCACAAGCAGCUCGGGCUAACCCAUCUUUCGUGGCUUCCAGCAAAGGCGUGAACAGUACAUCGAACUGUUCACCUUCGGCUGUUCCUGUUCGGCUUCUACUUUCAUCCAUUAUGCCAUCCUUCUAUGCUCGUCCCCCACCGGGACUUCCCAUCACCCCUCCGGAAUCCAUGUACUAUCAUCAAUAUGGCAUGUACGGCAUGCAUGAUCAAAAGUCUGGAUUCGACAGCUACAACCAGAUGCAGCAGUAUCACCCAGGGUAUCGACAGCAGAGUUUGCAGUUCCCACCUGGGCUCGCUCAUCCCUCCAACUGCAACACUCUUCCUCCUCUCAACGGCAUGAAGUCCGACGAGAAUAUGCAGUUGCCCUGGAACACCCGCAACGAUGCCAAGUCUGCUCCUGCUAAGUCUGAGGAAAAGCCAACUGGUGGUGUCGCUCAAGUGUUGGACUACGAAAUCGAGGAUAUGGCUGAGUUUGUUACCUCAAUGGCCAUUGGAAUAAUUCUCCCAGGGUCUCAGAGCCAGCAAACCGUCUCGGCCUUCAAGAAGUUUGUUUUCACCAUCUUGCAGUCCACCCGCUUGCCUUCCUCCACUGUUAUCCUGUCGCUGGAUUAUUUGUCUCAUAGAAUGAACAACUGUCCUCCGACUACUCAACAUAAGGGGUUGGCUCAUCUCUACCGAAUGUGCACCAUCUCCCUUCUUCUUGCCAGCAAGUUCUUGGAUGAUAACACCUUUCAGAACCGUUCUUGGGCAGAUGUAACCGGACUUCAGGUCACUGAACUCAAUCAAUUGGAGGCCGACUGGUUGGCCGCGAUCGGAUGGCAACUCCACGUCGCUCGCCCAGGUUACACUGGAUUUGAUUCUUGGAAGGCGUCUUGGGACUCGUUUAUUAGUCAGAAACAAGUCCAUCACGCCCCAGUUCUUACGCCUAUCAACACCAAUAUCAUGAACAACCGCCGCCACACUAUGUCUUUCACCAACCAAACAUUUUCUCCUCAACAGCAACAUCCUCAGUCCGCUUUACCCCACGGCUAUAUUGGUGAUCACCUCCGUCAAAGUCAGAUGAACGAUGGCGCUUACUGGUGUCCUGAUUUGACAUCUUCCGCUCAGCCAUCCCCUCCCUCGUUGGCUUCGUCUGGACCUACUACUCCUGCUUGGGAGUACCCGAUCAACAACUGGGGGCAUCAUUUUGGAGGAAAGCACCAGUUUCCAGCCAGAGUCUCACCAUCCCGGAUCUCUCCCCCUCUCUUGAUGCAGGGAUUCAAGGGGGGUUGCAACUGCGUGUCAUGCUUCCAUACCCGACUCCCUCAGCUGCCAACGCCACCAUCGAUGUACCCUAACUUCGCUGUUGGUUAUGGCCACCAAAUCGUUGCCUAA